AUCAAGAAUAGUAAGGCUUCAGAGGAGGAAAUUAUGGCCAUGAUGCUUCAACAUUUUGAUGCUUUCAACAAUAUCGUUGGUGGAAGAGAAAUGGUCAUGCAGCUAGUUAGCACUGAAAUUGACCCCAGAACAAUGGAGCCAAAGCUGAGCAACAAAGCAGUAUUGGAGUGGUUGAAAUACUACAAGGUUGGGGCUGAGAGGUCAACAUACAAAGUAGAAUUUGAGAUAGAUUCAAAUUUUGGGUUCCCAGGGGCUAUUACUGUGACAAACAAAUAUGACAAAGAGAUAUUUUUGGAAGGCUUUUCCAUUGAAGGUGUUAUGGAUAUUGCUUGCAAUUCUUGGGUUCAACCAGAGAAGAUUCAUCCAGAGAAGAGAAUUUUCUUCAGCAACAAGGCAUACUUACCUUGUCACACACCAAUGGGACUGAAAGAGCUAAGAAAAGAAGAACUAAGGCAGCUAAGAGGUAAUGGAAAGGGAGAAAGAAAGGGAAGUGAAAGAGUAUAUGAUUAUGAUGUGUACAAUGACUUGGGAAUUCCAGACAAAGGAAAUGAAUAUGUGAGGCCAAUAUUAGGGACCAAAGAGUAUCCAUGUCCUAGACGAUGCCGAACUGGUCGUCCUUCUUCAACAACCGACAAGAAUACUGAGUCCCCCGCAAAUGCAUUCAUGGAAACUUAUGUGCCAAGAGAUGAAGUCUUUGAAGGUGUGAGAAAGGAAGCUUUUGAUGUGGAAAGAGUAAAAGGGGUAACUCGGAAUUUGAUUCCAUUCAUAAGAACUUGUGUUACGAAGUGUGGAGAUUUCGAGCAGCUUUCAGAUAUUCAAAAGAUCUACAAGAGAAAGCAUGUGCAUGAAAUAAACCCCAAGGAGGGAACCACAACAAAACCGUCUUUUCCUAUGGAUGGAAGCAGGAUCCAAGAUGCCAUACAAGAGUAUUUUAAAUUUGAUACUCCACUUAUUAUUAGUGGGAAUGGUUGCUGUAUACGAGAUGAGGAACUUGGGCGUCAGGCAUUGGCCGGUAUCAACCCUCUCAGCAUAAAAAGGCUUGAGAUUUUCCCACCGGUCAGUAAUUUGGAUCCCUCCAUACAUGGUGGACAAGAGUCCGCUCUAAAAGAAGAACACAUAAUAAGCCAUUUGGACGGAAUGUCCGUACAACAGGCAUUGGCAGAAAAGAAGCUAUUCAUUUUGGAUUAUCAUGAUGCUUAUCUCCCAUUUCUGAAUCGCAUCAAUGCUUACGAAGACAGAAAAGCUUAUGCAACCCGUACUAUCUUGUACUUGACACGAAUAGGCACUUUGAAGCCUAUUGCCAUCGAGCUGAGUCUUUCACAGGGGAAACCAUCCAAACAGGUCCUUACCCCUCCUUUGGAUGCCAACUCUUAUUGGUUAUGGCAAAUUGGGAAAGCACAUGUUUGCUCCAAUGAAGCGGGUUUUCACCAACUUGUCCAUCAUUGGUUGAGGACCCACUCAUGCAUGGAGCCAUUCAUCAUAGCAGCUCAUCGCCAACUGAGUGUUAUGCACCCUGUUUUCAAACUUCUGAAGCCUCAUUUGAAACACACACUGCAGAUAAAUGCAUUAGCUCGUGAGGCUCUCAUCAACGCAGGAGGCAUCAUUGAAUCUGACUUUUCUCCAGGGAAAUACAGUACAGAGAUUGUCUCAGCUGCCUACAGAGACUGGUGGCGUUUUGACAUGGAAAGCCUUCCUGCCGACCUUAUUAGAAGGGGACUGGCAGAACCUGACCCAACACAGCCCCAUGGGCUAAGACUACUUAUUGAAGAUUACCCUUAUGCAAAUGAUGGGCUUCUUAUCUGGUUUGCUUUGGAGAACUUGGUUAGGACUUACGUGAAUUACUACUACCGUGAUGGGCUCAUGGUCCGGUCAGACAGUGAGCUCCAAGCGUGGUAUAAUGAGGCCAUCAAUGUUGGCCACACUGAUCAUGCAAACGCAAGUUGGUGGCCCACACUCUCCACUCCAGGUGAUCUUACCUCAAUACUCACCACCCUCAUAUGGAUUGUUUCAGUCCAGCAUUCAGCAGUGAAUUUUGGGCAGUACCCUCUUGGUGGGUAUGUCCCAAUGCGCCCCCCACUUAUGAAGAAGCUGUUACCCAAGGAGGAAGAUCCAGAGUACAAAGAAUUUGUGGAGGACCCUGAAGGAUACUUGUUGUCUUGCUUGCCAAAUUUGUUUCAAACCACCAAGUUUCUGGCAGUGGUUAAUAUACUAUCUCAGCAUUCGACGGAUGAAGAAUACAUAGGGCAGAGGAAGGACUUGUCAGAUUGGGCUGGUGACCCUGAUAUCAGAGAAGCAUUCUAUAAGUUUUCCAUAGAUCUAAAGAGAAUAGAAAAGGAGAUUGAGAAGAGAAACAGAGACCCAAAACGUAGAAAUAGAUGUGGUGCUGGAGUUCCACCGUACGAGUUGCUCAUAGCAAGCUCUGCUCCUGGAGCUACUUGUAGAGGGGUGCCUAAUAGCAUAAGCAUAUAGACGACAAGAAAA